UUGCUCGAAGAGUGCGCACUAAUUGGAGUUGCUCGAAGAAAAGCUAUGGCUAAAGACACUGAUUCGGAAAGGAGAGAUGGACGGGAGAUGGAGUGGCUGUACAAAAGCCCUGGGGUUGACAGAGAGCAGUAUCUCCUUGGCAGAAAGAUUGACAGGCAGGUGGACCCUCUCCUUGCCUCAGAAGAGAGGGAGAAACAGGCUUUGGCCACUGGUCCAGGUGCUCUGUUCACAGGACCAAAUGCAGCAAGCUCAACUGCUGACCUGGCCACCAAAGUCAAGGAAGACCCAUUGUUUCUCAUCAGAAAGAGGGAGGAGGAGGCACGGCGUAGACUUGCCUCUAAUCCCGUGAAGAUAAAACAACUGCAGCAGCUUUUGGCUGAAGAGAAAUCUUCAAAAUCAAAGAAGAAAAAAAGACAUCGUUCAAGAUCACCACACAAGGAAAUGCACUCUGAACACAGGAAGUCCAAGAAAUCUCAUAAACGCAAGAGAGAGCCGUCUCCACGUGGCCCCAGUCCCUCCUCACCCCCCACAUCACUGAGAUAUCCAACCUCCUCUUCCUCUUCCUUCAGACCAUCUCACAGACCUCGCAACAGUGGACUGAGUAAAGAGGAGUUGGAGAGGAGGAGGAAGGAGAUGAUGGAAGAUGCAGAAUCACACGGUCGCAAGAGGGAGCAGAGGCUGCGGAGACUGGAGAGAGACCACCAGAGAGAGGAGAAAGAAAGUGUGUCCUCUCACUCCAAGGACUUCCUACAGCCACUGAGGGUCCAGUCGAUGGCAGCAGCUAGCUCCGUGGAGGAAAGAAUCCACAGAAACAUUGGGUCAGUCCAACGAACUCGUACCAAACUUGAUGGCAACUUUCUACACAAGUAACUGUAUGGCAUCAACCUCAUUUUGAUCUUUGACACAAGAAGAUAUUAAAAUGCAAACUGGGUGAUGAUGCGGUCGUGAGAUGACCAAAACAUGAUUCUUGAUUUUAGCAAUGUGGCAUUGCUGCUGCAACUGAUGAAAGUGCUGGUGUGGGUAUGUGGGUGUGUUGGGGGAGUUACACUGUGCUACUGGACGGAGGCACAAACUGGAUCAUCUCCUUGUAGAUCAGCUCUG